AUGGGCAUAUUUAUUUCACCUCGGUGGUUUGGUUUUAUCGUCUUUUCUGCACAUUGUUCUUAUAUCUCGGGUGGUUAUCUGUCUUCUUUUUUUCUUGUCAUUUAUCGCGUUCAUGCUGAUGAUGUCUACAUGCUGGUUUUCGUUGAUCGGAGGUUUCUCAUCAUAUCUUUUCCAUUUAUCAUCUGCGAAGAAAAGGAGGCCGUCUCAUUUCUCAACAUCUCUUUCUAUCUUUUGACUUUACGCGUGGUGUUCAUGUUUGUUGUUUUUCACGUACUUGAUAUCAAACCUGGGAGGCUGUCUGAUCAUUUAUCUGUUCUGUUCUGA